AAAUGAAGUUAUCCGAUACCUUUCUUGUCACCCUAUUCAUGGUUCUCUUUGUCCUCAACAGUGUAUCUUGUGCGUCUUCUGGAGAGUGGAUUAAUGCACUUCUGAUGGAAUCUCCUAAUAAACCCUUAUGUCCUGGUUCUAUCAAGCGAUGCGAGAAAGAAAAAGACGUAGACGCUUUCCGAGAUUGUUAUAACAAAAGGGUAGCACGCGGUUGUGAAAGGCAUUAAAUAAUAAGGACAGUGGUUAUUUAUGAUCAUGAUUGAUCAUAUUUGAUUAUUGUUAUUUAUGAAUAAAGUCAUAGUGUAUCCUAACACUACAAAUUUUUGUUUGUAAGGGACUUGA